AUGCCCCGGGGCGCCUGGCGACCUUUACCGAGCAGAAGUCCUGUACACAGUAAACAAAGCCAAACGGUGCGGUGCGGUGCGGUGCGGCGCGGACCACCGGGCGAUCCAUCCAUCAUCCAUCAUCCAUCAUCCAUCAUCCACGCUUCCCGCCUCCCGCCUGGCAUCCACCCCCAUUCGUGGGGAUGGUUUCUCAAGGGGGUAGCCAGCAGUGAAGAGAGGGCAGACAGGGCAAGGAGGGCAGCCAGGGCAGCCAGGGCAGACCGGGCAGACAGGGAGAAAGUGUGGCUCGGUCCCUCCAGCCCAGGGCCCCCUGUCCCGAGGCGUGGCACAGCCGGCCGGCGCACAGCCACUCUCCGAGUCAGUCAGUUUCUUCUUCUCCCCAUCUCCCCCAUCUCCCCCAUCUCUCCAUCAUGCCCGCCCGCAUCGAAGGAACUCGAAGCGAGUGGCCCUCUUUCGCUUCACAGAAACCCCUACCCUGCUCACGGCUGCAGGCUGUCGGAUAUUGUCUGGAGCUCUUGGGUUCUUCAGCCUUACGUAGAUAGUACUACUACAGUACUAGAUUCCGGAGAGCUCUUGCUUUCCAUCGUCAUGGCCUGCAAGGGCUGUCGCGAUCAGAUUCCCGCCUCCCCCACCGAACCGGCCUGGAACUCAAAAUCUGACAGGCCUUUUCCCGCAGAAGAACCGUUGCAGAUUCCCGUCGUCCCGUCGGAUGGUCCUUCGGUUGCAACGGUAUAUAUUGAACACCAACAGGACCCGAAUGAUCUCAAAUCGCAAAAGUGCAAAAUCACCGCAGCAACACGGAGGCGAUCUGGGUUGUCUGAUUGUCGAUCGCAACUCCCCGUGACUAAGAACAUCGUGAUGACUCAUAGGGCUGCAAACACUGAGCCAGUCAGUCUCCGUGCAGUGCUUACGGGCAGUGCAGUACAGAGUAUCGGGUACGCCGAGUUUGGCGUCAAGCGGAGAAGCCGUAUGCAAGCCAAUGAUCAAGUUGGAUUGAAUAGGCCUACCAGAGCUAUAUCCCGAACGGAGAGAAUGCUGGCGGGACGGAGGAAAAGACCGGCAGGAGUGAGUAAGACGAGAUCAACAACGGCGUUGGCCGGUGAGCAGAUUGAGGUUAGGUUACCUAGCCUGCAUGGGGAAACUGGGGCCGUGGUCGCUUCUGCUAGUAUAAACCGCCCAGAAUCCCUUCAAUCUCCCCUGGAAGAGUUGCGGCCGGACGAUUCGCGGUGGUCGCUGAUAUCGGACGCAACGGCGAGUAAUGCUAUUAUUCGAUUAAUGAGGAGACUUUCGGUCAUCCGGGUCUGUGAGAGGAGAGUGUCGCUUGAAGCUGCAGAGAGCCCAGAUAGACAUGCAGAACCACCACUCAAAGCGGAAUGUAUCUCUGCGAUCGCAAGCAUUGCCUGGAAAGGAAACCGGCCCCCUUGCCCGCUCGCUGUGACCCGUCACCCCUUUCCUAAACAGCAAGCAAAUAGGCGAAGGGCGUGGCAUGGACAUGCACGAAGCUGGGGCUUGGACCUGGACCUGGAUGCAACCUGCUGUGCUGGCGGGGUAAUCGUUGUCCCGUCCCCCACGGUCUUGGACCGACGCCCGAGAUGA